AUGCCCUCUCCUCGUGGUAGUUCGCGACAUGCUCACCAAGUCUCGAGCAGCCUUCAUUCGCGACCCGUCGACCGUGGCCAGACUCCGACGCCGACCCAAGAGUCUCGGCGGCAUCAUCCAGCUCCCUCGAAGCCCAGCCAGCCUUCCGGCACCCAAGGCUACCAUCUCCGCAAACCCUCGACCGCAGAUCUCUCUUCCCUAGCCUCCGGAAACCGAGAUUCCUUUGCCUCCAUCCUCGACGAUCCCUUCUUCAACAACUACAAGUCAAUUGUCUAUCCAGAAACCGCCGCCGAGUCCUCCGGCCAACCCGCUGCUGCGAAACCCGCCGCCGGAUGCGAUGAGAGGGCGAACCAGCCGCUUUGGCCCCCUCCUGCUCGCCGCGAGUCGUUAAGUGCUGGCCCCUCCCGCUACCAGCAAAUCGACCCCCCGCCCUCCGCCAUGGAGACCUUCAACAUCGCCGUCAUCGGCUCCGAAGGCGUCGGCAAGUCCUCCUUCGUCCAACGGGUCCUCAACCUCCCGCGACCACCCAUCACCAAUGCGUCGACCGUCCGCAUGCCAAUUGAUAAUGUGAUGCACAUGGUCAUGCUGCUCGAGCUCGACCUCGAGCACUUUGCAUUGGACCCCGAGCUCCCCAUCCAAUGGCCGAAACAGAUCAAUGGGCACAUAAUGCCGCGAGUCGACGCCGCUUUAAUUCUGUACGAUGUAAUGAACCGGGCAUCUGUGGCUGAGCUGCCUCAAACAAUGGCUGCUUUGACCAACUCGGGCCUUCCUGCGAUUCUUGUUGCCACCAAGUGCGAAAAUCCCAAGGAAGAGUGGGAGGUUAUCCCCGACAUAAUCACAGGCAGCAAGUUUUACCAGUCCUGCCUCGCAUCAUACAAGCUCUCCAGCGAGAAUCCCGAAAUCGCCCGCACCUGCCUGCAGGCAAUCCUCAAGGCCGCCAUUAUUCACCGAAGAGAAGAAAACGGCGAAACAGUAUCCCGAAGGCGUGCCCAAUCGAACCUCGAAAUGCCCGAUACCUCGUCUACCCGCUCUACCGGUGAACAGAACAAGCACAGUCGAGCCAGCUCCGACCUUUCUUUAUUGCGUGGCUUUGCCAACCUUCCGAUCAACGAACGUGGCCAAGCCUCCAAAAGCCCCCGGCUCGGCAAGCCUGGAGAAUCCGACAUUCAAACACAGCAGUCGUACAACAGCAUGCUACGGACCUCUUCUGGCAUCCGCCUAGACAGGCCAGGCACUGAGUCUUCACAGGAUAUUGACGAAUCCGAUGCCGAGUCACGGAGAUAUUCAGACGAUGUUCCCAUCCUACAAAGAAACGACGAAACCGGUGGCGGCACGGCGAAAAUCGUCGGAGCUUCCUUCGACGAGCUAGUUGACCGACUUCUCGCCCCCCGAAUUUCGAAAAACGACAGUAACUUCUCAGAUAUUUUCCUCUGCCUCUACCGCAAGUUUGCCGCGCCCGGCGAGCUUUUCUCAGCCAUUCUCACCCGGCUUGACGACGUCCGUGAUGACAAAACAUCACACUACCUGACCAAGACUGCUACCCAAUUACGGAUGAUCGAAGUCGUAGCAAGAUGGGUAUCAUUGUAUCCUGGCGAUUUUGCCCGACCAACCACCCGCCGAAAUUUAGAGGAGUUCAUCAAGCAUCUUUCGACGGAACCCAUCUUCUCAAUCUCAGCACAACAAAUUCGUCGCAACCUACACUUCAAUGUGACUGAGGAUGACGACACUGGAUGGGCAAACACGGAUGAAGAUGGAGACAAGGCUGCCAGUGACCUGUUAAAAAGGGGCUCCGACAAGCUGGGUCAAAGCUUGGGUGGAUUGGGGAUUGAGGAUGAAGAAGGGGACGACAUGCCAUCUCGAAGCUCUGACAAUUCAUUCGGUGACAGGGGCAGUGUAGGGAGCCAAUUCCAAUUCCAUUGGUAUGACGAGUAUGAAAGAGAAGCAUCAACGCUUGAGCCCUCGAGCCACUUACCGAUGAACAAAUUCCGCUACCACAUCUUCAUGGAUAUUCCGGACGAGGAGAUAGCUGACGAGCUUACCCGUAUUGAUUGGGUAAUGUUCUCGUCGAUUCGAGUUCGGGACUUUGUUCGCCAUGUCAGCUUAUCCACGGCAGAGAAGGGCAAAUGCCGGAGCCUCCAGAACGUGAACCGCAUGAUCGCACACUUCAACCAUGUUGCUCAAUGGGUCGCCAAUCUAAUCCUACUAAGGGACAAGGCCAAACACCGGGCACAGAUGAUGGAGAAGUUCAUGAAUAUUGCCCUCAAGCUUCGACAAAUGAACAAUUACAACGGACUCGCGGCAGUUCUCGCUGGCAUCAACGGAACAUCAAUUCAUCGCCUAGCCCAGACCAGAGCCCUGGUCCCCCCGGAGGUCCAAAAACGCUUCGCCCGACUCGUAAUUCUAAUGGGCACGCAAAAGAGUCAUUUCGCCUACCGGCUUGCUUGGGAGAAUUCACCACUUCCCCGCAUCCCCUUUAUUCCAUUGCAUCGCCGCGAUCUCGUGUCGGCCGAGGAAGGAAGCAAGACCUUUGUUGGCCCGAAAGGCGACCGUAUCAACUGGAAGAAGUUUGAGGUUCUUGGAGAGGUCCUCCUUCCCAUUAUGAAGAGUCAAGGCACCCCCUACCCUGGCUUAUCAAAGCACGACAACAUUAAGGACAUGAUCUUAGGAUGCCGUAUGCCCACAGAUGACGAGCUCUGGAAGCAACUUGGCAUUCGAUUGAUAUCAUUGGGCGACGAGACGGCUCUUCCUGCCAACGAAAUUGGACUGUCUAUUCAGCACCCUGAUUUGACUUCGGCUCUUGUGGCAUCAACAAAGACCUUAGUUGCAGAAUUCGUCUCUGCGAGAUGUGCGAUUGACUUGUCGGUAACCCAGGCAUCCAGCACGGUUCAUAAAAGACCGCGCCCACCUGUUCAGAAACCACCGGACGAAGCCACGUCGAACAACCGCCGUGGUAUACACCAGGAUGUUGAUAUAGACGACCAGAGGGCGGUAUAUGAGUUUGUCGCCAAUCUUCAUGAGUGCGAGGAGCGGGAUCGUCAGCCGAACAGGUCGAAAAGAAGACGGGUCUCUGAAACCCAACAUCCCAUUGAAAAAAUUGGGCUUCACAAGAAUGCCAUUGAUACUGCUAUACGUGUUAUCCUGUUCGGGUCAAAUAGCACUGGCAACAGCUACAGGCCAUUAGAGCAAGUAUCAGCCCCUGGGUUGUCGCAGCUAGCACCUGGCGUGUUCAACGUUCCAUACACAGAGGUAAUCCAUCCCCCACAACAAAGUGCUCUCGAAGCUAAUCAAAUCCUUAAGAUUGUCUCUAAGAGGGAAAAUCUGUGUACCACUAUUAGUUCUUCAUUGGCAAGAAUGGCAGGGGCAGAGUCGCCUAGUCUAAGGCGUAAGAUCGAUAAGCUCAAGAUAUCAGCAACUGCAAUCGCAAUUGACGUUCCGCCAAAACUAGACAUAAUCCAGGGCAUAGAGAGGAGUGUCUUGGAGAUCAUUUUAAAGUCUUCUAAAUCUCCCUCAAGAGGGAAGAGAAAAGCCAAUGGUCAAUCUGACCGGUAUGACCUUGUUGAACAACAGUCGAAUCUAGUGGAUAAUGCGUCAGCUUCCCCAAUCGGACGCUCUUCACCCCUAGUCAUGGAAAUAUGUGACGAUAUACCGACCACCACGUCAGAUGAAAGGGUAGUUUCAGAUACGCUGGAUACUUCUGUGUCCAAUCGAGCCUCGAGUUCGGACUUGACGUUGGAGGUUUCUCAUAUACAUGAAUACUUUAGCAGCUUGUCCCAAACUCUGUGGUAUGAGCCGGCAUUGCCUUCUGAUUCCCAGCCACUACAAAUCUUUAGAAAUGAAUGA